AACGUGUGUGUGUGUGUGUUACUCUGUUACUCUGUUUAACUAAUAUUCCGCCUCAACCCGCUCUGACUUCCUGUCCUCUCACACAUCUGUGUACUGUCCCUUUAACUAAAGGGGCCGCGCAGUUGGAGCUGCAACCUUUUACAGGCUGAUCCUCCGCUCACUCAGGAUCCAUUCAUAAAUAAGACAUCGUGUGGAAAAGGAAGCUCAUACAGCAUCUGAUUUUUAAUUCAGCGGAACUAGGGGCGAGGUGAAACUUGACAUGUUCACCUCGGUUGGGGACUGUGUAUUGGGGGCACGACUGAGAGAGUAGACGUGACUUCCCAUGGCUGACCCCCCUGCUGAUGGUUUUGACUUUAUGUGCGAGCCACCAGGAGGCAGCUUGAUCCAGCUCAGAGAAUUUGUCAAACCCAGAAAAAUGCUCGUUUUUUAAGAAGGUUUUAUGUCUUCCGCCUUUCACGAGUAACCCUGGUUUAAACAGUCUACCGUUUGCAUCCUUAUUUUUUUAAUUAUAAUUCUUUAAAUAAAUGAAAAUACACCAGAGGAGCCGAGGACCAGACAUACCGAUGGAGCAGUGAGUUAUGGCAGCUAAAGAGGAACUGUAUGCCAAAGUGACGCCGCGGAGGCAGCGCCAGAGCCGGCCGAGCACCGUCAAACAUGGGUCCACUCUGGACGUGCUGCUGUCCAUGGGCUUCCCCAAGACCAGGGCCUUGAAAGCUCUGGUUUCCAUAGGAGGGAAAAACGUCCAGGCAGCUUGUGACUGGCUCUUCUCCCACGUGAAUGACCCAUUCUUGGAUGAUCCUCUGCCCAGAGAGUAUGUGUUGUAUCUGCGACCCAGUGGGCCUCUGCUACAGCAGCUCUCACACUUCUGGCAGCAGUCCCGCCUCUCCUGUGGCAAGAAUAAGGCACACAACAUCUUCCCCCACAUCACCCUCUGCCAGUUCUUCAUGUGUGCCGACGGGAAGGUGGAGGCUCUGACCGACGCUCUCCAGACCACCGUGGCCAAGUGGAAGGGUCGCAUCCCCAUGCCCCUCCCGCUGGAGCUUUACACCUCCUCCACCUUUAUCGGCCUCUUUGUGGAGGAGCAGAUGGCGGAGGUGCUGAAGAGUUUCGCUUCUGAUUUUGCCACCGAAGCAACAGCUAAAGCAGAUGUUCAUGUCGAGCCUCAUAAGAAACAACUUCAUGUCACUUUGGCAUACCACUUCCAAGUCAGUCACCUUCCAGUUUUGGAGAAGUUGGCCAAAACGGUGGAUGUGUCUUCAGGCUGUGACUGGCUGGCUGUGCUCUUCUCUCGGGAUAUUCGGUUCGCUAAUCAUGAGACACUGCAAGUCAUGUACCCGUAUGUGCCUCAAAAUGACGACGAGCUCGAGCUGGUGCCGGGAGACUUUAUCUUCACGUCUUCGGUGGAGCAGAGCAGUGCCAGUGAGGGCUGGGUUUACGGCUCCUCGCUGGGCACGGGGCUGUCGGGCCUCCUGCCUGAGAACUAUGUCAACCGCGCUGAUGAGUCUGACACCUGGGUCGUCCACGGGUCUCACUCUAUGCUCACCUGUGCCUCUCCAUCUAACUCUGGCAGCAGUGUUGCUGGGUUCUUAUUUGAUGGACAGCUGAACGACAGUCUGUUUGACAGUCUUAUGGAUCCUCCCGGCCUCACUGUCCUCUGUCCUCCGAUGCAGGUGUCGAGGCCAACCAAUCAGUCGUCCCUCUCCAAGAUGAGACUGUUUGUGUGUCGCCAUGGGGAGAGGAUGGACGUGGUGUUUGGGAAAAAUUGGGUCACUCAGUGCUUUGACUCCAAAGGCCGAUACAUUCGCUCCAAUCUCAACAUGCCAUCCAGCCUGCCAGCAAGAAGCGGAGGUCAACGGGACUAUGAUAAAGAUUGUCCAAUUACUGUGUUUGGCUCCACCCAGGCCCGACUUGUAGGUGAAGCCCUGUUGGAAAGCAGCACAACAAUAGACUUUGUUUACUGCUCUCCUUCUCUUCGCUGCGUCCAGACUGCUCAGAACAUUCUGCAGGGUCUCCAGCAGGAGGGAAAGACAAAAAUAUGUGUAGAGCCUGGAUUGUUUGAAUGGACCAAGUGGGUUUCAGGAACAUCUCUACCUGUGUGGAUCCCCCCAGCCGAGCUGGCUGCUGCUAACCUGAGUGUGGACACAACAUACAGACCUCAUAUUCCCAUAAGUAAGUUGGCGGUGUCAGAGACCUACGACACCUACAUCAGCAGGAGCUUCCAAGUAACCCAAAAGAUCCUGACAGACAGCAAAAACCUGGGAAACACGGUCCUGAUUGUGGCCCAUGCUUCCUCCCUGGAGGCGUGCACUCGCCAGAUACAGGGCCUCAGCCCCCAGAACUCCAAGGACUUUGUCCAAGUAGUCCGAAAGAUUCCUUACUUGGGUUUUUGUGCUUGUGAAGAAAUGGGAGAGACCGGGGUGUGGCAGCUGGUCGACCCACCCAUCUUGCCUCUGACACAUGGACCCAAUCACAGUUUCAACUGGAGGGAAAUGCUAAUGCAAGACUGAGCGAUUUGCUUUUUGGCUCUCUAUCUUUUGGCGGUGCUGAACCGCUGAAAAAAAUAUUUAUUUUUAACCCACUCUGCUCUAAAUCCAGCCCAACAACCAAAAAAACAAAAAACACGUCUGGCUUCCGUCAAAGACAUCAUGCAAAAAAAAUGUUGCAUUCAUUGAAGCAAAUGUAUUCAGACACACUGCUCAGGAAUGAGAAAAUACAGUUUGUGUGGAGAUCACAGCAAAAAUGUGGAUAUUUUGAUGGUUGCUGAUGAAUCAGGUUUUAUGCCACGAAAAGGUGACACUAAGUCUGUGGCUUCACCUCAGGUGUGGUGGGAAAGACUUUGUGUUGUGCUGCCUUCUCACACACUGUGACAAGAAUUAGAUGAGAAAGACUUAUUACAGAAAUAUUUUUCCAUGUGUCAGAAAUUAUUAUUUAACUUGUAGCUACGACCCUUCCGCGAAAAAGCACAAAAGAAAUGUUGACAAUCAGACAGGGGAGAACUGAUCUUCAUUGUUUCUGGUGAUGUGGUGGGUAGUUGAUGAUUCCUGUUAUAUUCCUGUAAAUGUCAUAUCAUUAAGUGAUUCUUCCAAGUUAACAUUUAUGAGCCCACAUGAAUCGUUUUUCCUUCCUGUAAUGCAGUUUUGAAUACCACCACAGGAGCAACCAGGUCAUUAUGACUUGAGAAAAUUAAUAUAAUGAAUUACAGGUUGCUGUUGAGUGCAUUGACUAAAACAUUUGCUUGUUUAUCACGACCCGGACAAUUUCUGUAAGCCUGAAAACCACACUGGUGCAUUUUCAUUUUUUUUAUGUCAGAUGAUUUAAGUGCUUAAUGCCUAUACACAUUAUUUGUUGUAUGACUCAAAACAUCUAUUGAUACUCUCAAAAAUGAAUAAAGCAAGGUUGUGGACUUAUGAAGGUUACAUAUCA